AUGGCUUUUACGGCCUUAAUAGGAGAAAUCUACAAGUUUAUAUCUGAGAAAGAAUUUCAGAAUAGACAAGUCUGUAGUGAAAUUAACGCUGCUGGUUCAUUUUAUCAAAAAAUUGACAUAAAAUCAUUUCAUCAGAUUAACCUUGUUGGCAGUAAACUAAAUAAUAAAGACAUUCCACCAAAUAAACAGAUAUUAAUGGAUUUGGGGAAUCAAUUAAAAAAUGAACAUAAGCUCUCUGACUAUUGUGGUGAUGACAUUGGAUUUACAUUGUACUUGAGUCUUAAUUUACGUGAAGGAGAGCAUACUCCGAUAGGUUAUAUUAAUGAUGAUGAAUUGGACCUGCCAUAUAACUACGAUUUUACAAAUAUUAAUAAUCUAGGAAAAACAUUUAUGCGGAGCGGUAUACAUUAUAAGAAAUGCUACGCUUUAAAGGUUACUGGAAAGUAUGAUAAUGUAUCGUAUCAUGGCACUGCUGAAUGUAAUGCAAAAUCAAUUGCUAAAGAAGGUUAUGAUCUGAGCAAAGGAAAACAGUUUGUUUAUGGAAAAGGUAUUUAUUCAACGCCUGACAUACAUAUAGCUAAACAAUAUGCUAUGCAGUUUGAGUAUGAAGAAAAUACCUAUGUGGUUGUAUUACAGAACAGAGUAAAUCCUGCUACUUUAAAAAGAUUUCCUGUUGAUAAUG